AUUUGAAGAGAGCGGGGUCGCGUCCAGGAAGCUGGAGCUGUCGCAGCUUCCUUGGCUACCUGGGCCUCUUGAGUCUAACAGUCAUGCCUAUCCGUGCGUUGUGCACUAUCUGCUCGGACUUCUUCGACCACUCUCGAGACGUGGCCGCCAUACAUUGCGGCCACACCUUCCACCUGCAGUGCCUGAUUCAGUGGUUCGAGACAGCCCCAAGUCGGACUUGCCCACAGUGCCGCAUCCAGGUUGGCAAAAGAACCAUUAUCAACAAGCUCUUCUUUGACCUUGCCCAGGAAGAGGAGAGUGUCUUGGAUCCAGAAUUCUUAAAGAAUGAACUGGAUAACGUCAGAGCCCAGCUUUCCCAAAAAGAGAGGGAGAAACAGGACAGCCAGGCCAUCAUCGACGCUCUGCGGGACUCACUGGAAGAGCGCAAUGCCACUGUGGAAUCUCUUCAGAAGGCCUUAGGCAAGACCGAGAUGCUGUGUUCCACUCUCAAAAAGCAGAUGAAAUACUUGGAACAGCAGCAGGAUGAAACCAAACAAGCACAGGAAGAAGCCCGCCGGCUCAGGAGCAAGAUGAAGACCAUGGAGCAGAUUGAGCUUCUACUUCAGAGCCAGCGGCCUGAGGUGGAGGAGAUGAUCCGAGACAUGGGUGUGGGACAGUCAGCGGUGGAGCAGCUCGCUGUGUACUGUGUAUCCCUUAAGAAAGAGUACGAAAAUCUAAAAAAGGCACGGAAGGCCUCAGGGGAGCUGGCUGACAAGCUGAGGAAGGACUUGAUUUCCUCUAGAAAUAAGUUGCAAACAGUCUACUCUGAAUUGGACCAGGCUAAGUUAGAGCUGAAGUCUGCCCAGAAGGACUUACAGAAUGCUGACAAGGAAAUCAUGAGCCUAAGAAAGAAGCUAACAAUGCUGCAGGAAACCUUGAACCUGCCACCAGUGGCCAGUGAGACUGUCAACCGCCUGGUUUUAGAAAGCCCAGCUCCUGUGGAGAUGCUGAACCUGAAGCUCCGCCGGCCAUCCUUCGGUGAUGAUAUUGACCUCAAUGCUAUCUUUGAUGUGAAUACUCCCCCAGCCCGGCCCUCCAGCUCCCAGCAUGCCCACUGCAAGAAGCCCUGCAUGGAGAAAGCACACUCUCCUGAUCAAGACGUCUCCAAGAAGGUAGCCAAAGGCUCCAAGCAGGAGCCCCAGCUCUUGCUGGGUGGCCAGCGCUGUGCAGGAGAGCUAGAUGAGGAACUGGCUGAUGCCUUCCCUGUCUUCAUCCGCAAUGCUGUCCUGGGCCAGAAGCAGCCCAAAAGGGCCAAGACAGAGUCCUGUCGAAGCACAGAUGCUGUAAGAACAGGCUUCGAUGGGCUUGGAGGCCGGACAAAAUUCAUUCAACCUACUGACAUUGCCAUGAUCCGCCCACUACCUGUUAAACCCAAGGCCAAGACCAAACACAGAGUGGGAGUGAGACCUCUGAACCCUCCCUCCCAGGCCAAGAUGGACACUUUCCUGUGGCAGAGAGACCAGUGA